GGUGGCGGAGGGUGACGGGGGGUGACGGGGCUCAGUCGGCGACAAGAUGGCGCUGGUGCGGAAGGUCUACAACUUGCUCUUCAAGAGGACGUCCACCUUCGCGCUCUCCAUCGUGGUGGGCGCCGUCGUCUUCGAGAGGGUUUUCGACCAGGCCGGGGAUAUGAUCUUUGAGCACAUCAACCACGGGAAACUCUGGAAACACAUCAAACAUAAUUAUGAAAUCAAACAGGAUGAAUAAGAUCAUGGUGUAAGGAACAUUGCACCUCCUUGGAUGUUGCUUCCGUUGAACAGCACUGCAUUGACAUAUUUUCCACUUGGACUAUUAAUUUCAUCGGAUGAUCUCUACAAGACCUCUUCAAGAGUGGAAUAUUAUUGUAAUUAAAUUAAUGUUUUUUUGCUAAGAUUACUAUGACAGAUAACAAAUAAAUUCUAGAACAAUU